UAAUUCAAGAAAGCAAUAAACCUUUCUUCACAUAUUUCUCAUUCUUUUCAGUUUCUAACAUGGUAUCAGAGUUAUAAGCUCUUGGUUCUUUUCUCUUACCAUCGCUGUUGGGUUUUUUGGAGUUGGAUUUUCAAUUCCAUUCCAGAUCUGAAACCUUGUUAUUGGGAUCUCUUCUCAUACAGAUUGGAUUGUUUAUCCUCGAUUCUCAGACCCUUUCUAAGGUAUUUUGUUGGUUUGUUAUUUCGAUCUUGGCAUCUAUUUCUCUAUAUUUUUAGAGUUUUUCAGUAUUGUGAGUUUUCUGAUUCUAUGACGAGUUUUGAAAGGAUUGUAACUCAUCCUGCUACUGCUACGGUUGCCAAAAAAGUGAUAGAACAACCUAAUGUCAACCUUGAAUCCCUAAAACAGGUGAUAUUAAAUCUUUUUAAUGCUCCUACUGCCUUAUCUACUGCUCCGGGUACCAAACUUUGGUAUUUCGAUUCUGGUUGUUGUAACCAUAUGUCUUCAAUUACUACUCAUUUCUCUUCAAUGUCACUUAAUAAUUCAUUUCCUGAUAUUUAUUCUGCUGAUGGUUCCCCUAUGAAUGUUAGUCACAUUGGUAAUGUUUCUACAAAGUCAUUGACUUUACCAAAUGCCCUUUUAGUUCCAAAACUUAGUUAUAAUCUUCUAUCUGUCGGUCAAUUAUGCGAUCUUGGUCUUGAAGUAUGUCACGCCCCAAAACCCAAGUUCGAGGCGCGACAGACGCCGUGCACUCGUGAGAGGGUCCCACAAAUGCACAAGGCUCGGAACUUAUCAAAUUCACAUCUGACAAUCCACAAAAUCUGAUGAUCAAAUUUUCAUAAUUCGCUGUAAUAUCAUAAGUCUCCAAUAAAAUCUCCACAUACAAGAUCAUGAUUUAUUUCUAAAAUCUAUAUCUAAUCACAAUAUGGCUAGCCUUCUAACUCGUCACUUUCCGUGGUUUCCUCAUCCUCGGUUUCACUUCCUGAAAUGGUGGACAAGGAAAAACUAUGAGAUAAAGUCAGUAAGUAAAAUAUGGAGUGCCCC